CCCUGAGCUGGAAAUGCUGGAGCAGGCAAAUGCUGUCUGAAUUUGAGAUGGUUUCCUCUGCUGCUUCUUAACCUGCACUGGAGCAUAGAACCUGCCAUUGCUCUUGAUGUUAAGGGCCUCCUCUCCAAACCUCCCCGUGGCCCUAAGGUACCCUCUGUGCUUGAGAGGACUGAGGACAGGAAGGGCUCUGGAAACAGUUUGCAAGUUGGAGCAGGUCAGGUGUCUUUGGUGCCUUGGCACUCGUAACAGCACUUCAGGAUCAGAUUCCCCUAUUGUGUAGCUACCUGGAUGAUAGGUGGAGGAAGGCCCUGGAAGAGCAUUUAUAGGGUUGUUGGUGGUUUAAAAGGUUCCUGCCAGGAUUUGCUUCUUCAGCAGGUGAGAGCAUGUGUUGGGGAGCUCAUUGCUGCCUCUGGAUGCUUGCCCAAGGCUUCUGGUGAUGUGCAGGAGUUGGAUGAACACCAGAGGUAUUUCUAAAUAGGAAUAAAGACAAGGUGGUUUUGGAGGAUUUGUGGUUGCUGUUUUCACUUGAUGUUUUUUUCCAGGUUCUGCCAAUGUUUGGAGGUGGCAGCACUCUUUUCUGUGAAGAGCCCAAUGUGUCUGUGGGGAGAAGGCUGGGGUGCACAAGGAGGUGACCUCGUAAUUCUUGGGACCCUGUCCUGCAAUGCCCCAGGGUGCCUGAAGCCCGGCAGCCUCGGGGAUGGAGCUGAAGGUCUGGGUAGAUGGGAUCCAGAGGGUCGUCUGCGGCGUCUCGGAGCAAACCACCUGCCAGGAGGUGGUCAUCGCCCUGGCGCGGGCCAUAGGUCAGACAGGCCGCUAUGUCUUGGUGCAGAAGCUCCGGGAAAAGGAGAGGCAGCUCCUCCCGCUCGAGUGCCCUUUGGAGUCUCUGGCCAAGUGUGGGCAGUAUGCCAAUGAUGUGCAGUUCAUCCUGAGGCGGACGGGCCCCAGCGUGGCCGAGAGACCAUCCUCAGAGGGUGCUCCCCAGGCUCCUGAGAGGACGUUCAUCCGGGCCAGUCUGCCCAUCAAACCCCGGGCCCUGAGCACGGACGUACCUCGGCCCCGGGAGCCGAGGAAAUCAAUGACCUUCAGCUUGGGCCCCAUGGGCUCUGUUGACCCGUAUGCAAAGAGCCGCUGGAGGCAGCAUGCCUGGGAGGGGAUGGACUUGAAGGACGGUGGGGCCAGCCACCCCUCCAAGGAGGAGCUGUUUAAGACAGUGCUGCGUCAACAGGAGCAACUGCACUCCUUGGAGGCCCAUGGGGAUACACUGGAGACAGAUCUGCGGCUCUGGGAGCAUGGCCGGGCCUCCAGCCAGGAGGAUGAGAUCCUCUACUUAGAGCACCUGGUGCGGAGGAAUGAUACGGAGUUGGGCGAGGAGGAGUUUUGGCAGAGCGAGCUGCGGCUGGAGAAGGAGUGUGAGCGGGAGAGGCAGGAGCGGGUGAGGAGCCUGCGGGCCAGCCUGGAGGAGUACACGCAGAGGAUCUAUGAGCUGAGCGCCCGCACUGAGGCCCUGCAGAAAGAGAUCCAGUGGGAGAUGGCCGAGAGGGCCAAGAGGGGCAAGGACAUCCCUGUGCCGAGCCCCACGGACUUGGAAGACAUGGCUGCCAAAAUGAAAAGGGAUCUGGAGGCCAAGGUCAAGCAGGGCACACAGCUGGAGAGCAACCUGGCCAGCGUAGAGAAGGCCCUGGAAGAAGCUGAAAGGAGCCUGCAGGCCCAGAACCAAGAACUGGAGGAGUUAAAUAAGGAGCUGAGGCAGUGUAAUUUGCAGCAGUUUAUUCAGCAGACGGGAGCCACGGUGGCCGUCGGGCAGGCCAGGUCUGAGGAAGAUGCCCAGCCGGAGCUGAGCCCACGCGAGCUGCCAGCCUGCCGGCGAAAUGGAGGGUUUCCUCCCACCGGUGCCGAUUCGCCACCCUGUGCCAGCACCAAGCAGCUCCUCGGCCAUCCCCGGACCCUGCCGGAGCCCCUGGUGCCCAGCUUGAACCCGGAGGUCAUAUCAACCAGGCAGAGCAUCUGGAGGUAGAAGGGCCCAGCCAGUGGACGAUUGGUUGCCUUGCAAGUAUAGCUGUAUAAAUAAAACCAUGUUCCCUAUAUAUAUUACGUUUUUUACUGCUUUAUAUCACGAAUGGACGUGGAUGGCCAGACAGAGUAUUUUUACAGACUGUAAGAUAAAACAAUGGCCGACCAAACAAAACGACCCAACUACUCCUAUGCGGAUGAAAUGAACUCUUUCUAUUUUUUUAAAGUGCUUUCUAUAUUUAACACAAAAUGGCAGCACCCAUGUGCCAUGUGGACUUCUGAGAAGACCUGCUAUGUGUUCCGAGAGGUCCUUGCUCCCUUGGAUAGCAGAACAAAGCCGUGUUGGGAUGGCUGGUGACAUCUCCUACUUUGGGCUGCUCACAAGGCUCACUCAGGUGAAGCAGGCUUCACAGGAAAACAGCAGGUUUUACAGCACCAUGCUGUGAAGAGGAGCUUGCGCUGGCAAGUGGGAUAUGAUGUCCUGUGCUAGCAGUGAGGGGAAGACUCGCUCAUCUUGCUCACCCACAUCUGAUGCUCUCAAGCCACGCUGGCAGCCAGCAAGUGCACCCCUGAAUGACUGAGUGCCAGUGACCGCCAGCACCCUGCCAUCCUCUUGCACAAGUGCAGUGUGGAUCUUCCAGUCGGCAGUCCUGCCCUCCUUGGGUUUGGCCCCGGCCAGCUGCUCCUGAUGGACUCUCCCAAAACCCCGCAGCCCUGUGUCAAGGCAGCACAGGGAUGCCCCAGGUACAGCUGUCUUGCCCAUGUGUCCAUCCUUGCCAUACCUACAAGGGCAGUGUGGCUGCUCUGGAGUGGCUGUCUCAGGAGCAUAGAGAUGCGCCAGGACUUUCAGAUGAGUUGGUGGGUUUUAAAAACAGCCAUGAGGCACACAGGCAGCUUUUUAAUGCAACUUUCUGGCCCCCUUUUUUAUUGUAAGACCUGCAGUAGAAACCCUGUUCCCAUGGUGCUGAGAGGGAGUGAGAAACAAGCAGUUGUUCCCUAGGGGUACCAACCUGGAAGGGACAACCAGACUUUGAGGAAGCACAGCUGGAGACUGUUUUUUCUGAAGCCCACUUGGUUUUUUAACUUGUUUUUAAAUCAGCAAUGUGCCAGCAGGAUGAGCCCUUCCCUGAGUGCCUGUGGCUGGAGCAUGCAGGGCAGAAACACUUUUGGUGACAUUUCACUGAAUGUUCUGUUUUAUUUGUCUGUUCUUUGGGUUUUGGUUGUGUGUUUGUUGGUUUUUGUUUUUUGUUUUUUUUUUACUUGAUGGCCAGUAGUUCCUCUGUUUCUGUUCAUCUGUCUCCACAGGUCAUGUUGUAUUUUAAUUGUGGCUGGGGAGGGGACAGUUUGUCCAGGAGGUCCCAGAGCCCUGGCCUCUUUGUUUUCUACGUCUGCUCUGCUGUAUGCAAAAAAUGUGACUUGGAUGCUGUGUUCUCUGUAAAACACACUUUCCAUGUAUGAAUGUAUCCUGCAUACUACGGCAUUGUCUGGUUUCAAUUUUAAAUAAAUCUUUUGGAAAGGA